CAGAUCCUGCUAGUAAGAACAAUGGGGAUUUUACAAAAUAGGGUGACCCUAGAAAACUAGAAGAACAGGGGGCUGUCAAAUGGCAACCAAGCACAGAGCAUUGUAGGCAGGAGUAGGCUUAGGAGAUAGGGAAUGGUAUCCAAAAAGGACCAGGCACUGCUGGAAGGUGUGGAGACUGGCAGGUGGGUCUAGAAGUCCUUCUGACUACCAACAACCAACAGAAGUCAAUUCUGAGAUUGCAGAUGUACCUGGCCUAGCCCAACCCACCAAACACAUCCACUAUGAGGCAAAUGCUUACAAUGACUUGGAUCACAAAGAUCUAGCUAUAUAGGGAUCUAUGCAAUCUCUGAUAGAUUCCUAGAUGGGUGACAGCCUGAGUCCUGAGCCAUUCUCCCACUGUUUACAAAGUCCCUAACCAGCACUGAUCUAACUGGCUUUCCUAUUCCAGAACCCAUGAAUGAUCAGGAGACGGCCUGGGAAUAAAAAUUAACCUGAAACCUACUGAAGGAGAAGGGGCUGUCCUCACCUAGAAAAGACAAAGUUCCUGGGAAAUGCACAUAUUUGUUGGGUCCCUAAGUAAUUCUAUACUGUACUCUAGCACCCAGACUGGUAUUCCUGGGUACCAAACAUUUUCUGCACCUACUAUGGAGGUUGGGCAAAAUGGCAUUUUCGGUGCCCUGCCACGGGCCCCCUCUCAAGAUAUCUGGCCAUAAUAUUUAGUGUGCUUGGGAUUGUAAUGCCUGGAUGUUUAGAUGGGGUGGAAGAGUGGAGCUGGGAACUCAGGCAGGAGGUCAGUGAGUGGGGCAGCAAGUCUUAAGCUGUGCUUUUCCUUGCUGUAGGUAGCAGAGCUCAAAGGCAGUAGAGAUUAGUGGCUGGAGGAUUUACUGGGCCACACUCAGUCUUGUAGCAGGGCAUCUGCCAAAGCCCAGCACAGACUCAGAAGCUUUCUCCCAGAUCCAGUCCAGAAAUGCAAAGACUUUUCCCUCCAUUUCAAAAACGGGCUCACCCUCUUUUCCUCAUAAUUUUCCCCAAAAACCUGGAGACUGUGGGAAGUGCCCUAUCCUAGUUUUCUCCAACCCCAAGGCAGCUGCCCUGGAGGUCCAGAGUCCCCGCCACAGUCAUGCUCUAGGCCUCAUCCUGACCAGGGCCCCCUUAUUUUCCGGUGCUUAACACUUAGCCAACUGAAGGCACAGCCCUUCCCCACAGCCUGCUCUACAGCAAGGCUCACCAGUUCGGGCUAGUUUGGGGCGGGAACUUGGGAGUGCCUAGAAGUUAUGAGGGCGGGGACACAAACCCAUCUUUUAAAGACCUGGAACUGGCCCUAAGGCAACCUCGGAUCAGGGCGGUCCAGGGAAUAGAACCGGACCCAAUUUCCCUGUCUGAGCGGCCGGAGGGCAUCAUGGGACGCUACCGCAUCAGCGUGGCGACGGGGGCCUGGCUCUUCUCUGGGUCGCACAACCGCGUGCGGCUGUGGCUGGUUGGGGCGCACGGGGAGGCGGAGCUGGAGCUGCAGCUGCGGCUAGCGCGGGGCGAGGUGGAGGAGUUUGACCUUGACGUUCCCCAGGACUUGGGACCUCUACAGUUCGUGAAGUUGCGCAAACAGCACUCACUGGUGGACGACGCGUGGUUCUGCGACUGCAUCACGGUGCGGGGCCCCGGAGCCUGCGCCCAGGCGGCCUUCCCCUGCUACCGCUGGGUGCAAGGCCAGGGCGUCCUGAGCCUGCCCGAGGGCACCGCCCGUCUAGCAGGAGACAAUGCCUUGGAUGUCUUCCAGAAACAUCGAGAGAAGGAACUGAAAGAAAGACAACAGAUGUACUGCUGGGCCACCUGGAAGCAAGGUUUACCCCAAACAAUAGCUGCAGACUGUAAGGAGGAUCUACCUCCAAAUAUGAGAUUUCAUGAGGAGAAGAGACUGGACUUUGAAUGGACACUGAAGGCAGGGGCUCUGGAGAUGGUCCUCAAACGUGUUUGCACCCUCCUGAGCUCCUGGAACUGCCUAGAAGACUUUGAUCAGAUCUUCUGGGGCCAGAAGACUGCCCUGGCUGAGAAGGUUCACCAGUGCUGGCAGGAUGAUGAGCUUUUUGGCUACCAGUUACUCAAUGGUGCCAACCCCAUGCUGUUGAGACGCUCCACCGCUCUGCCCUCCAGGCUGGUGCUGCCCUCAGGGACAGAGGAGCUGCAGACCCAAUUGGAGAAGGAACUCCAGAAUGGUUCCCUGUUUGAGGCUGACUUUAUCCUGCUAGAUGGAAUUUCAGCCAAUGUGAUCCAAGGAGAAAAGCAGUACCUGGCUGCCCCCCUUGUCAUGCUGAAGAUGGACCCCAAUGGGAAGCUGCUACCCAUGGUCAUCCAGAUUCAACCUCCCAAUCCCAGCUACCCAACCCCAACACUGUUCCUGCCCUCAGAUCCUCCACUUGCCUGGCUCCUGGCCAAGAUCUGGGUCCGAAGUUCAGAUUUUCAACUGCAGGAGCUCCAGUAUCAUUUGCUGAACACUCAUCUAGUGGCUGAGGUCAUCGCUGUCGCCACCAUGAGGUGCCUCCCAGGACUGCACCCUAUUUUCAAGCUCCUGGUCCCCCAUAUCCGCUACACUAUGGAAAUCAACACCCGGAGCCGAACUCAACUCAUCUCAGAUGGAGGAAUCUUUGAUCAGGCAGUGAGCACAGGUGGAGGGGGCCACAUACAGCUGCUCCGUCGGGCAGUGGCUCAGAUGACAUACUGCUCCCUCUGUCCUCUGGAUGAUCUGGCUGACCGGGGUCUUCUGGGAAUCCCAAGUGCUCUGUAUGCCCAGGAUGCUUUGCGGCUCUGGAAGAUCAUUGCCCGGUAUGUGGAGGGGAUCGUACAUCUCUUCUACCAGAGGGAUGACGUCGUGAGAGGGGACCCUGAGCUGCAGACCUGGUGUCGGGAGAUCACUGAGGUGGGGCUGUGCCAGGCUCAGGACCGAGGUUUUCCUAUCUGUUUCCAGUCCCAGGCUCAACUCUGCCAUUUCCUUACCAUGUGUAUCUUCACAUGCACUGCCCAGCAUGCAGCCAUCAACCAGGGCCAGCUCGACUGGUAUGCCUGGGUCCCUAAUGCCCCAUGCACAAUGAGGAUGCCUCCACCCACCACCAAGGAGGAUGUGACAAUGGCCACAGUGAUGGGGUCACUACCUGAUAUCCAGAAGUCCUGUCUUCAAAUGACCAUCACAUGGCAUCUGGGUCGCCGCCAGCCAGACAUGGUGCCUCUGGGGCAUCACAAAGAAAAAUAUUUCUCAAGCCCCAAGGCCACAGCUGUGCUAAGCCAAUUCCGAACAGAUCUGGAAAACUUGGAAAAUGAGAUUACAGCUCGGAAUGAACAACUUGAACUACCCUAUGAAUACCUGAAGCCCAGCUGCAUAGAGAACAGUAUCACUAUCUGAGCCCUGAGGUGCCCUCACCUGGAAGAUUUCACAUAAUGU